CGCGUGAAAAAGAAAACUAGCGUCCCCAUGUCCACGUUGUAUCUCAAUUCAUGAGUUCACCCACCCAAGGGAGUCCGUAGAGCUCCGCACUGGAAUUGAACUACAAAGCAAAGAUAAGUUAUUUCAUGGAAUGGAUAGGCUUUGAGCGUCUGUCAUGUUGAAGGUUCGCAAACCUCCACCCCAUGGGUUUGGGGGUGGAAUCAAUUCCAAAAGCACCCCGACCAAGGAAUCCUCCCCUGGCCAUUCGUCUCGUGUCUAUCCCACCGAGAUGAAAGGGGUCAAUGUCCGCAACUUCAAGGCUCAUUUUGAUCCUGAGACUUUGAACUAUGUCACCGAGGACACCCGAUUGUCCACCCUCCAACGAAAAUUGGUGCGCGAGACAAAUGUCAACGUAGCCCUGUGCCUGGCCUUUCAGAUACGCCAGUGCAUUUUGAGCCUAGAUAAUCGAACCUACGUCAAGCGGGCCUCGGAUAUCAUCAUGGAGGCCGUAGUUGAAGUCCUUCAAAGCGGCAAGCAUGCCGAGAAUGUCAAGAUCGAAUCUGCCAAGGCGCUGGGAUCGGCUGGGUUCGUUCUCACGGAGAUGCGCGAGUUUGAUAAGUUUUAUGAUUGGAUUUGGCAGCGGUAUGAGGAUGCGCCCAAAGGGGGUCUGCCCACCUUCCUUCUCACUGGAUUGGUGGCUUUCUUGGAGAUGCAACCCCCGCACUUGAACAGCGAACAAUUGAACCGAAUUCUGACCGACGUCCAAGUCACUCUCGAGUCCACCAAUGACAGCAAGGUGAUGAUGACCCUGGUCGAUUCCCUGGUCUUGCUCUCCAAUUGGCGGCCCACUUUGUUCGAGCCCUGCUUUCAAGACGUGGUUGACAUUUUGGUUGGGUGGCACAUUGAUUCUUGCCAAUCACCUCAAGUACGAUCAUUUGUCUCCAAGACACUGUUAUCAUGGCAUGCAUUCUGGAUCCUUGACAUGGAGUUCAGCUCAGUGUUACUGCGACAAUUCAUGGAAGAUUUCCAAGAGCACUUCUACGAGGUUCAACAAACCGAGGAUCUUCCAACUUUGGACGAGCUGUCCCAAAAGAUCUUGGCGCUAAUCCAGGUGCUAAAUACGGUCCUGAGUUGUUUGAAGAAUCAGAACCAUUCCGUAUCGUUUCUGCCUCCGGAAAGCUCAGACUGGUGUCUCAACAUCAUGGAAUGCUUGGUAUUGACUCUGAAUAAAAUCAUGUGUGAAGAUCUCUUGGUGGCCGGGCAGCACACGUUCGUGAUGUUUCUGGAGCGGAUUGAGACCCUCUUUCAAGCGCAUCAUGACAAGUUCAUGGGAUAUAUCCAACUGAAUCUGGAUUGCUUCCGAGACAUGUCCUUUUAUGGGCAAAUCUCGGUGUUGGAGUUCCUGGCCAAAAUGUACAGCUUGGCAGAUGCUCCACGUCAACCCUGGAUUGCCACGCUCGUAACCGAUUUCAAAUCCCCAGUUUUCGAAGUGGCCUUGGGGAGCGAGGCAGCCGUGAGUAAGGCUGCUGCAGAUUUGUUCAAGAUCCUGCUCAUGUCCAAAAACAUCCACAUCCUUCAAGAUGUCUACAGCUAUUUGAAUUGUUUAUUUGAAAAGGCACUACACACGCUUUGCCCGGAUCUGCCUGGAUUUCUUCCCACCAACAAACUGAAAGAUUCUGAUUUCAACAUCGACGAGUGUCAAAGCAUGUUGAACUUUGCAUUGGCCUCAUUUUCCAGCUUGGCCACGGGCACUGGCUCCAAUUUGAGUAUUUGGGCUUUGGAUCCGCCCAUUUUUCAACUCCUUCUACAGCACGGAGGCCUUGGGCACCCCCCUCUGAUUCGAAUUUUUCCUUGGAUUCAUCUCGCCACUUUCAAGCUCCUCUUUUCCCAUUGCAAGAAGCAUGGGUUCUUUCUCUCCAGCAGUAAUUUGACCCUGCAUUCAUCGCUUCCCAAACCAACGUCUGACUACUUCACCCAAAUGCUCUCGUUUUUAGGGAAACUUUUGAAACCCUGCAUCCUAGACCUUACCAAUCGUCAAUUGUUACUAACCUGGACCAGAGAAAUUCUUCUCGAAGUCCACCGCAGUCAAAAGUAUCUUCUCAACUGCGAGGAGUAUCUAGAUUUCUUGAGUUCCAUCCUGGAUUUGGCUCUAAAAAUCAAGGAUCCCCAAGGACAAGAGACACUAUUCAAUUUAAUUCUAGGAGUCCCAGGUCAAUUCACAUCCAUGGAACACCCCAAAAUGACGAUGAAGUUGUUCCAUUUGGCCAAGAGUUCGCUCUCGUCCGCACAUCAUGGGGUUUCGGAGAAGGCGUUGAGUGUUAUAAGUGCCCUUCCGCCAUUGAGUUGUCAUUUGAAGAUUCAUGCCCAACCGCAAUUCGAGUUCAAACAGACUCUAUUGAAGAAACACAUACUUCAUCACAAUACCCGUGGAGCAAUUCGAACCAGCGACUUCAAGGUGUUCCUGGAACACAUGCUCAAGAGCCCUGUGAAAAAGAACUCGAAAGUUGUGGAGCAAGUGGUCCAGCAAUUGGAUUGCCACUUCCACGAUUUCCCUCUCAACUUGGGCGAGGUGGUGGUUGAUGACCUUGAUUUGAGAACAUUGUGGAUGAGCUUGGCUCUCUCCGAGUUUUGUGUCAACAACAAGCUCAAAACGCCUCUAGGAAACGCCAACACAACGUUAACCACGAUUGAAAAGGUGAUUCGAUCGGUAUCUAGCUCUUGGGGUGAAGAAUCGAACAUCAACUUCCAAGAGGCCCGACAUCUACUCGUGUUCUUCGAAAGCCUCGAGAAAAUCAUGGCCAAUUGCUACGACGGAUCAUCUGUGUUUCUACCCGCACCCUCCAAGGUCAUUGUGAACUUCUUCGUGGCCAACAAAAAGACCUGCUCGGAUUGGCUUCUUCGAUUGAGAGGAGCCUUGAUUGACUUGGCCUUCCAGCUCAAUGAGCUUGAAGUCGUAAUCAGAAACGCCUACGAGCUCUUGGCGCGAUUGGUGGAGCUUAAGCAGACUAGCGACGUUCAAUUCAUGCGAGCUCUGGUUUCACUCUCCUUGGCCUUAACGAAGUUGGGUGCCUCGGAGGAACUGAUUGGUUUAUACACGUGGACUGUCAUGAGAAGUGGCAAGAAGCACUAUUGGAUCAAGUCCUUGUCUCUACUAGCCGCAGAUAAGGUAGAGGACGGUAUCAAAUCUCUGAAUGCUUCGCUGAGGAAAGCUCUUGAAGGAAACGGGAUUGAUCAAUUCCAAUUCUUGGCUCCUCUGACCUUGGAACUUCAGGGAAAUCUAGAAAUAUAUUCCAAGUGGAUGUCGGAUUAUCGUGAAAGGCUUCCAAAGCAGGAGUCACAAGUGAGUGAGCUCUGUCUGAAAGCUCUGAGUGAAUUUCAUGAUGGAGUGGUUCAAGUCCAAGUUUCUGAAAGUUCCGAAUUCUUUCGUCAAGAUUUCAUUCGAUCGCCCAAGAGCGUGCCUCAAAAGUUCCAAGCGUCCCAACUGAUCCUUCUUCAAUCAGCUCAAAGAUUUCCAAACGUCCUUCAGCGUCUUGAAAUAUCAGAAAUACUUGAGACAUCGAAAUCGAUCAUUGAUCAACUGCUUAAGGAAUGCAGGUUGACUCCGUCUCAAGAGAGAGAAUUGUUAAUCUUGAAUGCGGUACAGAACGAGUUUGAUUUGGCCAUGAGGAAUGAAGAGGCCAAUUUGGACACGUUCUUAUCCUUUCAGAACGAGAGGUAUUCCGUAAGGGACUUAAUGUCCAUCAAAAGAUGGGGCGAUUUCCUACUCAAGAACCGUAAGACGAAAAAUACCGGCUACAAUUACCAGAAGCUCAACUCGCUGAAUCUGGAAAUUGCCAAAACUGCCCGUAAAGAAGGAAACUUGGCUUUGACCGAAAAAUUCUUGAAGAAGACAUUGAUGGGCGAGAUUGAUACCACCAACACAUCCAUCGAGGAUCACCUCAUGAAACUGGAUUUCCGAACGUCCAUGCUCUCCAUUGAAAGAGCCUCAUGUCUGCGUCAAUCCGCUAAAUUGGCCUUCAAGGCCAAAAACGAGCUGUCGGCCGUAAGAGUCCUCAGUGGAAUCGCAACUCGCAUUGGCGACAUGUUCUUCCACGACACGGCUAACACUGAACUGAUGGAUAUCUCGUCUCGAGCACUCCACAAUAUGGCCCAAUGGUUCUUAAACGACCCAACGCUCUUGGACAAGGUCUUUCCCGAUAUGCCUCUCAACACUUUGGAUGGAAUCACCCUUAUCCAUGUGCUAAACUUGGAGCAGAGAGCUGCCGGAGCCUUGGACUUUUUGCCCAUGGUGGAAGAGGCCGGGGACUCGGAUAUGGUCAUUGGACGUCUUUUGCGCUUGGCUGUGGUUCAAUCCCCUCAAUUGGGCAAGAUCUGGUACACGUUUGCCGAGUGGGCGUUGGCAUUGGGUGAGAAGGUUUUGGGAUCGUCACAUAUUUCCAUCCUAGAAGAAGAGCGCCAAGCCGUGAUCGAGGCUCUACCUGAUGCCACAAAGACCGAAUUGGACGAGAUCUUCCGGCUGCUCCAGCAAUUCAAGCUCGGCCACACCGAAAAGGCUGGGGUCGAAACUGAUUGCGAAGAGUUCAUGAGGAAAGAGCUCAUGGAUUGCGAGGCCUUGGCCAGACAUGAUGCCAGUGCUGUCAACGUGGUGUAUGACGUGUGGUUGGGAAUUCAAAAGAGGACCUUCUUCUAUCACGAAAUCGCCAUUUCCUCUUUCUUUCAAUUCAUCGCCUUGAGUCAGAGUGAAGGCGACCAACUGAUCACAGCUACCUUGAGAUUGCUUCGACUGACAGUCAUGCAUGCUUUGGAGCUCCAAGAGAGCCUGCAAGCUGGACUGGAAACAACCCCUUGCAGUCGGUGGAAGGCUAUCAUUCCUCAAUUGUUCUCCAGGCUGAACCAUCCUGUCCGCAUUGUCAGGAACCGGAUCUCCGAAUUGAUUUGCCGGAUCGCCGAGGACUACUCUCACCUCAUCAUUUACCCUGCCAUCGUUGGCGGUGGAUCCUCCUCAACGGCGACUAAUAAGAUCUCCAAACUUCUCGCCCCUGCGGUGAGUGAGAACGAAGACCUUGGAGACGAUGAAGAUGAGACCAAUGGCCACCUUGAAGAGGAGGAGGAAGCCAAUCCCUUGAUGGAGAGCGCAUUCGCUCAUAUUGUCGAUGUGAUGGUGAAGAAGAAUGGGACAACGGUGAAAGAGAUCCGAGACUUCAUUGCCGAGCUUCAACGGAUAUCCUUACUUUGGGACGAGCUCUGGCUGGGAACUUUGCAACAAUACAGCCAAGAUAUCCUCAAGCGAGUGCGCAAGAUGGAACUAGAAGUGGAGAAAUUGAAGAAGAAUCGCACCCUCAAACCAGGAGAACGGGUUCAUCUGGCCCAAAAGAAAUAUCACAUCAUUUUCCGCCCGGUCUUGUACGUGUUAGACCGAGUCUUUGCCCUCACCUCAAGGGUUCCCGAAACGCCUCAUGAGCAACACUUUUUGGACAAUUACGUUCCCGUUAUCAAAGACGUCAUUGAAUUCAUCCGACAUCCGCCGGACCCAACUAAACCCAAAAUGAUUGGCGAGAAGCUGGCCCAGUUCCAAGCGAAAAUGGCCAAUCGAGUCCAAUGUAAGUCCCUCCUCAAGCUUAGUGAGAUCAGUCCCAAUCUGGCACGCCUCAAGGGAACACAAAUCCCAAUGCCCGGGAUCUUGAGCAAACAUGAGAUCACCGUGCAAAGUUUCGAGGAGACGUUGAUCAUUCUUCUGACAAAGACUAAGCCGAAGAAGCUCGUGUUGGUUGGCAGCGAUGGGAAAAAAUACCCGUAUUUGUUCAAGGGCUUGGAAGAUCUGCACUUGGACGAGAGGAUUAUGCAGUUCAUCUCCAUUGCAAAUAUCAUGAUGGGCACCAAAAGCGAUAGUUCCUACAAAGCGAGGCAUUACUCCGUUGUCCCUCUUGGUCCAAGGUCUGGCCUCAUCCAAUGGGUACGGGAUGCUAUUCCAAUGUAUAGCCUCUUCAAGAAAUGGCAGCAACGCCAACAGUUGGCUCACAACGACAAGAAGAAUCAAGAGAAGCGCAUGAUCGCAUUCCAAAAGCCCUCCGAAUUCUAUUGCAACAAGCUCUACAAAUUACUCAAGGAGUAUGGUGUCUCCGUUGACAAUCGAAAAGCAUGGCCUCCAGCCAUGAUGCAAACGCUUUUGAACGAACUGAUCGUGGAGACCCCUGACAACAUCAUCGCGCAAGAACUGUGGUUCUCAAGUGUGGACUCCAAGCAUUGGUUCAAUCUCAUGCAGAGCAUGACCCGCUCGGUUGCUGUCAUGUCGGUGAUCGGUUACAUCAUUGGCCUUGGGGAUCGACACAUGGACAACCUCAUGGUAGACAUGACCCAUGGCGAGAUCAUCCACAUUGAUUACAAUGUUUGCUUCGAAAAAGGCAAACAACUCAAGAUCCCGGAACGAGUUCCAUGCAGACUCACGCAAAACAUUGUGAAGAUCUUCGGACUGAAUGGAGUGGAAGGCUUGUUCAGAAAAUCCUGCGAACAUACCUUGGACGCCAUGCGAAGAGGAAAAGACACCUUGUUGACGCUCUUGGAGGCCUUUGUGUACGACCCGUUGGUGGAUUGGACCCCCGAGGUCAUGGAGUUGGGAUUGGCAAGUACGUAUCAGGCUGGACGACCAUUGGAAACCGAUAUGCAAGACAAAAGGAACAUGCAAUGCGAAAUCACGUUCUCCAUGUUUGCGGUUCGCAUUGCCGAGAUGAAAGGCCCAUGGAUGGCAAACAAGAUCAAGCUGAGUGAGUUGUUGUCCAACUUGGACUACCAACUCACUCUUUGGGCGGAUUUGCAGAACACUCUGGAUGGCUUCACCGAGAACAAAACCCAACUCCAUCACGCUGUUGCACUUCUCAAGGAGGCCGAAUCCAAUCCGGACCAUCGUUUGUUCAGCUUGCACGACAAAUAUAUCGAGCACAGCCUCAUGGAAACAGCUCUGAAAGGGGCUAAAACGAAGGUUGAAUUAUUCAUGGAUGAAAAUGAACAUUGGAUCACUCUUCAUCAGCGAGCUCUGACCAACGUGUCGGUCAGUCAAUUGUCUGAGUGGUCCAAACACCUCCAAUCCAACGCAAUUGGGUCAAAGAGAUCCAGCCAUCUCGUCCAAGAGUUCCUCGAAAAUGCCGGACAAGCUGGCCUUUUCGAUCAAUACCAGUCCACCGAGGAACGAUAUUGCGGCACAAUCGAGCAACUCCAACAUUCUGUGGGUACCAUUCUCCAGCAUCUGGCCACAUACUGCUCCAUUUCGAGCUUCUUUCCGCUAUCUAUUCAAAAUGAGCACCGUUGUGCUCUGUACAAGAAAUGGGCGUUGCGAUUGCUCGAGGAUCUCAGCUUGGAGACAUCAUCAGUGGUGAUAGCGGAGUUCACCGAGAAAUUUGUUGACUUACCCAAGAAUCAGGAAUUCCGAAAGCUGGAAAUCGUGAACAACUUCUACCAGAUGAAUGCCUGGAUGAAUGAAGUGCAGUUUAAAGUUCAAGCAAUGUAUGGUUGGAUGUCGGAACAAGAAUUGAAAGACUCAACGUUCUAUCUUGCCGCUUGGAAAGAUGAAAAGAUCAUGCUUGAAGAGACCAUUCAGCGUGAAGGCCAAGGAGCGGUAAUGGGACAGUUGGUGAAAGCUUUUGAGAGCUUGCGUGUUCUUGAACACAAUGCCACAAAGGAUCCGAGAUUUUUGUCAGAAAGCGUGCCUGGAAGCCAAUGGAAGUUCCAAGAUGACAUAUUCUUGCGGAUCAACCAAGUCUCUAUUGUUUCAAAUAUCCUGCAAGAGAUUGGAGCUUUAGACGAGAGCAACCCUGGAGUAACGUCGUUGUUAAAAGCUCAAUCGGCAAUCAAGCAAUUGACCGGAUUAAACACCAAUUUUCACAACAUUGUACUCUACGAGGCCCUGAAAUGUUUCGACAAGGAGGACCCAACGAUGACUGACGUUGUGCUACAACUCAGUGGGAUCAUAAACGGCUCAUCAACAUCUUUGGAAGAUCACAUCAAAAAUUUGAAUGAAAUCAUUCAAUCCUCGGAAUCGGACGCUAUCGAGUCACAAGAAAAGCGGAACAUCAUCAAAGACGCAAUGGAUUUGAAGACAUCUUACAACUGUAUCACUGGAGCGGUGUCCGGCAAUGUCUCACAUGAAGAUCUCACACCCGGGCAAUUGCUCUUCCUGGCUUUGAACACCAUGUUCACGAAUGCUGAGAACUCGAUUCAAGAUCUCCAGGACUCGAUCAAGAGUUGUCCGUCGUUACCAGAGAAUUGGAUGAAGAUUGAGGCCGUUGCAAACACAAUUUCCCUGACCAAACACGUUGCAGAGCACGGUGAUUUGGUUGAGUUGAGGGCGCUUUCAAUGUUUUUGCAUCGCAUUUUGGCUAUUCGAGACUUUUUCGCCGUGUGCAUUCAAGCAGCAAGACUCUUCAAGACACCCGAUCAGAACAAUGGCCUGGGACAAACCAUGCCUACGGGGGACGAUCUCGUCCGACCAAUCAAGAGUUAUAUUGAACAAUUGUAUUUGCAACAAAUUGCUGGAUUGGCUGCCAGAAGCUUGGUGAGCUUAAUUUGCCAUCAAGCCCAAACCACAACUUCCAUUAAUUUGACCGAAGUUUUGACUCUGCAAGAAGCUGCCAUGAUCGACAACGAGAUCGCUUGCUUGGACAGUUUCUUUUCUUGGAGCUACAACAUGGAGGUGGCCAGACACAUGGAAGUUUCUAUAGAGGCCAUUUCCUCGGUUCGUCAAGCAAUCGUUUCCCACAAGAAGAGUUACCAAUGGCUUCACGAGGGAGACCUAUUGAUCGAUGGAGGGCCUUUGUUCGUUCCUUUGGCCUCCAAUUUCAUGUUGGAGCUCCGUCAAAUCAUUGCCGGAAUGAUGAUCUUACGAAAAGAACUGGAAAUCCAUGAGAUCAAGUUUCAAGAGAUCUACGAGACUGUGGAACAACGCCUUAAAUGGGCUUCGGGUGCUAAUCCGGAACUCCAAGGGGUCUUUGAUUCCUUUGCCACCGUCUACAACAAAGGUCAAGAUUGCGUUCGUGGGCUCUUGGGGGUCAUGAAGUCCGUGAGUAGUGUGGCCAAUACUGUCCUCCAUUUUGAGGCUCUCCGCACACCAACCCCUGAAGCCAUAACCAGUGACGGGAAUUUUAUGUCACUUUUGAGCGAAUGUCAGCAAAGUGCGGCCUUGAAGGAAUCCCAUAUCCAGUCCUUGAGUGACGUGGAGUUAAGGCUCUUCGAACUAUGCCCUCCGGUUGAAAGCAUUGAUUUGAAUUGGAUCCAAGCGGCCUAUUUGGCUGUCAAGGAUCUCGUGGCAAAAACGCAAGAACAAAUCAAAGUUGAAGGAGGCAAGAGCAAAGAAUUGAUCAAAGGAAUUCAGGAAUACGGAAUGACCAUUCGCUCCAUCAUCACCGAACAUCAGAAGCUCAUGUCUGACGCUGGCAUUCUCCUUCGUACGAUUUCGAAGUCUGAGGAUUUCCAGAUCCCUGAAGUGAAUGACUAUCUAACAAGGUACAAAGAGUUCUCCGAGCUCGUCUCCAAGUUGGUAAACGGCUUGGCUCUAGAUGAUCAGGGCUUGGAUGCUUUGAGAGCCAUCACCUCAAUCUCGGAACGCCUAGGGGAGAUCAUCCAGCCAAUCUAUCAGGACAUGACUCAUUUUGCCACCUUGCUGAAAGAGGAUAACUUGGAGAAAUAUAAAGUGAAGAAGAUUGAUGGGCAAUCAGCGGAUUCGACAGGUGGACCCAAUACUCCGGAGAAAAAGGCUACCAGCGAGGAGAAGAAUGCUUUUGCCUUGAACGUUCUUCGACGGGUUCGGAUCAAGUUGGAUGGGCGCGAGCCUGAUGCCUUGAAGAAGUCCAGUGUGGCCGAACAAGUGGAUUUCAUCAUCCGAGAGGCCACUAGUCUGGAUAACUUGGCCCUAAUGUACGAAGGUUGGACUGCCUGGAUCUGAAGGUCUCUCUGCAUUGAAGGAUUUCUGCCUAGAAAGUCCUUGAGGUUACAAAAUUCAGAAACUGAUCGGUCUACCAGAUAUGUCCGAUAUUCAGACGAGCUUUGUUCUUGGAACAACACUCGCUCGCUUGCCGCUCGUAUCACAGAGAGGUUCCUUCUUUCUUAAGAGCUUCUCCCGAUGUGUGAGUCGGUCACUAACCAAACAAAUCGUCAAACCUCUUAUCAAAUCCAACCAAUCUCGAGCUCGAGGAUGAUACAGUACACAAAAUGGUGGACAAGGGGUGUCGCCAAUUUACUAGAUGCUCGGAUGCGUGCGAAACCAUGCAAAACGCGAAGAAGGCCCACUCAAUUGAGGCCUGACUGCUCUGCAAAACCAUGCUAAACCAUCAUCAUCAUCCAAUAGGAAUGUACGAGCAACUCGACCACUCGCAAGAAGAAGAAAAAAACAUGUCUGCAUGAAAAUGUCAUGUGUUUCUAAACGUGUCAAGAAGAGUAGAAUGAAGACGGCGGUUCUUGGCGAAGUCUCGUGCUUUUUGGCCCCCGAUAUCGCUUUCCAAGAACAUUGCUUAACACGACAUCAAGUGCAACAAAAGUGCAUUCAUUCCGUAAAUUGUCUUUUGCACACACGCACACACACACUCCAUUCCUGUAUGUAUCAAUAUUCCUUUUCUUUAGUUCUUCCUUUAUCCGUUCCCUAAAAAAGAAGAAGAAAAUAACGACACGUCGUCUCACCCCUUUGAAAGGAGACUAUACCGCUACACUGUGUUGAUUGUACGACAUAAUUCAUUUUGAGCCCAAUAAAAAUUCCCGUUUGGUUAAGAAAAACACA